CCGAAGGGCGUGGUUGGCGCUCGGUCCCGCCCUUCGCGUUUCGGGCUGCGGUUGGAGGGCCGCGGUUGCAGUCAGGGCCCCCAGCUUGGGGCCACCGCAUGGGGCUGCUGAGGCCGUUCCGGAUGUGCGAAGCGUUCGCGGUGCGGUAGGAAGCUGAAGUCUUCAGCAGAACCCUGACCUAGGUAGGGAGUCUCAAUGGCCCUGGGUGAAGAAAAGGCAGAAGCGGAAGCAUCUGAAGACACAAAGGCCCAGUCUUAUGGGAGAGGGAACUGCGGGGAGCGGGAACUGGACCCCCCAGGGCCUGUGAGUGGGGAGCAGCCCCCACACCUGGACGCUGAGGGAGGGCUCAUCUCCCCUGUAUGGGGGGCAGAAGGGAUACCUGCCCCUGCUUGCUGGAUUGGGACUGACCCUGGCGGCCUCUCUAGAGCCCACCAGCCACAGGCCAGUGACGCCAGCAGAGAGCCCGUAGCUGAGAGGUCUGAGCCUGCACUCGGUGGCCUGCCUCCUACCACCAUGGGGUCUGGAGACCUUCUGCUCUCUGGGGAAAGCCAGGUAGAGAAGACCAAGCUUUCUGCCUCCGAGGAGCUCCCUCAGACUUUGAGCCUUCCCAGAACAACUGUUUGCUCAGGACAUGAUGCUGAUACGGAAGAUGAUCCAUCCCUAGUGGAUUUGCCCCAGGCACUGGACCUCAGCCAGCAGCCUCACAGCUCAGGUCUCUCUUGCCUGUCGCAGUGGAAGUCCGUGCUGAGUCCAGGUUCCGCAGCUCCUCAGCCUUCCGUCUGCAGCAUCUCUGCUUCCUCCACAGGCAGCAGUCUCCAGGGUCACCAAGAGAAGGCGGAGCCUCGUGGUGGUCCUCUGGCCAAGGUCUCCUCCUCCCUGGAGCUGGUCGUCCCCCAGGAACCCUCCUCUGUGGUGGGGCUAGGACCUCGGCCCCAGUGGUCACCACAGCCUGUGUUCUCUGGGGGUGAUGCUUCUGGGCUAGGCAGGAGACGCCUGUCCUUCCAGGCUGAAUAUUGGGCCUGUGUGCUGCCAGAUUCCCUGCCUCCAUCACCCGACCGCCACUCCCCUCUCUGGAACCCAAAUAAAGAGUAUGAAGAUCUGCUUGACUAUACUUACCCACUGAGGCCCAGGCCUCAGCUUCCAAAGCACCUUGAUAGCCGUGUGCCGGCCGACCCUGUCCCGCAGGACUCGGGGGUAGACCUGGAUAGCUUCUCUGUCUCUCCGGCAAGCACCCUCAAAUCACCUACUAAUGUCUCCCCCAACUGCCCAACAGCGGAGGCCACUGCCCUUCCAUUUUCUGGGCCCAGAGAGCCAAGCCUUAAGCAGUGGCCCUCUGGAGUACCCCAGAAACAGGGUGGCAUGGGCUUGGCAUCUUGGAGCCAACUUGCAUCUACCCCCAGAGCCCCAGGCAGUAGGGAUGCUCCUUGGGAGCGCAGAGAGCCAGCCCUGAGGGGCGCGAAGGACCGGCUGGCUGCAGGCAAGCACCUUGAUAUGGGCUCUCCUCAGCUAAGGACACAGGACAGAGGGUGGCCCUUGCCCAGUCCAGAGAGGGAGAAGAGGACCAGCCAGAGUGCCCGGCGCCCUACCUGCACAGAGUCUAGGUGGAAAUCAGAAGAGGAAGUGGAAAGUGACGACGAGUAUCUUGCCCUGCCCGCUCGGCUAACACAGGUUUCUAGCCUGGUUUCGUAUCUAGGAUCCAUUUCUACCUUGGUUACCCUGCCCACUGGGGAUAUUAAAGGGCAGAGCCCCCUGGAAGUGUCAGACAGUGAUGGGCCAGCUUCCCUCCCUUCAAGCUCCAGCCAAAGCCAGCUGCCUCCUGGAGCUGCCCUCCGAGGAUCUGGGGAUCCUGAGGGCCAGAACCCCUGUUUCCUGCGCUCCUUCGUCCGUGCCCAGGACUCUGCAGGGGAAGGCAGUCUGGGGAGCAGCCAGGCCCUCGGGGUCUCCUCUGGACUGCUGAAAACACGCCCCUCCUUGCCAGCUAGAUUGGAGCGGUGGCCAUUCUCAGACCUAGAUGCUGAAGGGCAGCUUCCCAGGAAAGGAGGAGAACAGGGAAAAGAAUCACUGGUGCAAUGUGUGAAGACAUUUUGCUGUCAACUGGAAGAGCUGAUCCGCUGGCUGUAUAAUGUUGCAGAUGUUACUGACCACGGGACUGCAGCCAGGUCCAAUCUUACAAGUCUCAAGUCUUCUCUGCAACUUUACCGGCAAUUUAAGAAAGAUAUCGAUGAACAUCAGUCUCUGACGGAGAGUGUCUUACAGAAGGGGGAGAUUCUUCUUCAGUGCCUGCUGGAGAACACCCCAGUUUUAGAGGAUGUCCUUGGGAGGAUCGCAAAGCAGUCUGGUGAGCUGGAGAGCCACGCAGAUCGCCUGUAUGACUCUAUCUUGGCCUCGGUGGACACGCUUGCUGGCUGCACCCUUAUCCCUGACAAAAAGCGCAUGGCGGCAAUGGAGCACCCAUGUGAAGGGGUUUAACCUGGCAUUUUCUCAGGCAGAGAUGCAACCUGCCGGCCAAACACUGGUUGGUGAGGAAAAAAACCUUCAAGAAGUCCUUGCCAGAGCCAUUCAACACCGAAGUCAAGGGGGAAACCUUCAAUACGCUAGCUUUAAAAUGCCUUUCUCCUCCCUGAAUGGAGGGCUGAGUUACUAUUUUCAUUUACAAUGAAUCCUUCCAAACUAAGGUUUUCCUUUUGGUGCUUCUCCACAAAGAGUGUGUAGCUUUGCAAUUUUUGAUAAAACAAGACGUGUUGCCUUCCCCUCUAUCCCAUUAAAAAAGAGCAGAUAAAGCUCAAACUAUUCCACCUGGUAAGGUCAUUUACCAAGGGCUGGUAGGAGUUUCCGAAUACUCGAUACUCUCAGGCAUGCAAGAGGACCUAAGAGACUGAAAACAGUGAAUGGUUGGCCAGAAACCUUGGGUCUUCUCAUAAAAGGAAAUUUGAGCUUGUCAAUCCCUCUUUGAAGAUUUAGGUAGAAGAGAUUUUUAACCCUUUGUCUGCAAAAGAAAAAGGGUUAAAUGAAGCACCUCUACAGAUUACUUUGGGAGAUUACGACACCUUUUGCCAUCUUCAGGGCUUACGUCUUUACUUUCUUGGCUAACCAGUUUCUUAGAAGAAAAUGUGUCAGGGACUUGGGGAUCUGCAGUCGUGCUUUAGCAUGGCUGUGGAGCUAAUUAUCAAGCUUAAAGGGUACCUUUGGGGGGACUCCUCCCUUCACUCCUAGUCUCCCUUGGAAGAGCAGUCCAGGCUCAGGGAAGGGAGUGGAUGGGAUGACACAGUAAGUACAGAAACUGAAGCUGUCAAUAGUGAAAGAAAAAGGGGAAUUCCUUGUUGCUUUGGCAUUGACACAUAAGUACUUUGAUAGAAGAAAAUAAAAACACUAUGGAUCAACCAUUCGAAGCAUCAAUUCUAUAGUUUUUUGAAGCAAGAUGAUCGGUUAUUGCUGGUAACUGCAGAUUCUACAGAAAAGCACUUUUAAAGUUCUGUUGGGCAAUGAAUGAACCUGGAAGGAGGAAAGCACAGUAACAAUGGAAACUAAAGUCCUAUUAUUAAUGUGACUUUUCUGCUUCAGAAUCUCUGAGACUUUAUAGUCACUGGAAAAUAGCCAUUAAAUUCUUUAAAGAUUAGCUCUUCAACAGUAGCUACAUAUAAAAUGCAGUAUUUCAAGUGCCUGAUGCUGCUGUGGUAUGCUUUAUCAUAAUGCUUAAGGGCAUGAUCAAAAUUAAAAUGUCUUCUGAGUUUGCCAUAUUAAUCUUAGUUCCAUACACAGUGAGACUUUAAAAGAGAAAAAUCACUCUAGCAAAUAAUUGUCAAUUAUAAACCUGUAUGUAAAAAUUCUUGAAAACCUAGAAUUGGCUAAAAAGGUAGAGAUGUCUGACGGCCUCUUAAAUUGAUAUAUUUUACCUUCUCUUAGAUGUAUAUUUAUAAGUAGGAACAUGCCCUUCCAUUGAGUAUGUUACUGAAUAGCCCUUAGGAAAUUAAACCCAUUUAUUUACUAAUAUUUGACAGGCACGGAAGUGUAUUAGCAUAAAAAUUGGAGAUGAAAACCCUACAGAAACAAACUGGCCAAUAUUAUACUAAUUGAAUGCAGAAUGUGGCAUUCUGUUCCCAUUCAACCAAUAAUCAGCUUCAACUGACCAGACGUUUCACAGAAUGUUACACAAUACCCUGUUUCCCAAGAAAGUGCUACCUUACCUAGAGAUGAUCUAAGAUAUUUUUGUUCAUCCUCUGAAUAAGGUGUGACUAAGCGGUGCUAACUCCCUGGACCUGGCUGUGAAUGCUGCUGAAGAGUAUCAACACAACUGUUAAUUAUACCGCCCUGCUUUAAGUUUAAGACUUCCCUUAAAACUCAAGCUGAAAUUGUUUCAGCCUAGUAAGAUGCUGCCAGCAGCAUUUCUAUGAGCAAACAUGGCCAAGUUAGAGUCAAGUAGCUGAGCUUGCUAAUUGCACUGUGGUGCCACACUGGAAUGUAGUCCCUUAAAAUUAAUGGAAGUUGAAUCCACAGGGAAGUGAUGAUACUCAAAGCUGGAUCAGCAGUUUCAAGAUCUGGGUUCUUGGAGAUCGAUGGGUAAGCUCAGCAAAUGGAAGACGAUGUCAAUACAGGGCUAUUGUGAAGCUCAGGUGGGAAUGGAACACAAAGGUUUGAUGUAAGAUACGCUGGAAAGGCAAGAUAUAGGCUAAGGGAAAUUCAAUCCAGGGUGAAAGAAUAGGAAAUUACUGCUCGGACCACAAUGACUGUCAUUCUGAAAGGAUUUCACAGUGUGCAGCUGCUUAGAUUUAAGAACACUCUUCACUAUGUAAUUUACAGCAGCACCUUAUAUUUAGAACAAGUGAUAAUUCCCUUUACUAAGUGAACAGAUUAUUAAAGCCCAUAGCAGCCUUGAACCGUUUGUACUUGAAAAUGUGGGUAUAAAGGGGAAUAUAUUUUUUCCAGAACCGCAUUUAUUGGCAUACACAUAGAAGCAGAUCUUGCGGCAUGCUGAAAUUUGUUGUAAAUCCCAAUCUUUACUGCCAUGGGAAAAGCUGGAAUUUUCUAAACUUAAGUCUGUAAAUAUGCUCAUCUUAAGUUCAUGUAAUGUUUCCGCUAACUCACCAAGAAUAAGCUGACGAUUUAAACAACUUUUACUGUAUAAAACUGAAGUGCACGGCAUGGCAUCACAAUAUCUUGACAUUCGUUUUGUGUCAUUUUGCUACUUUAGAAAAUAGUUUCUGAACUCCUUCCCCCUUUAUACUGUAUUAAGGCAGAAACAAAACUUUUGAAGCAUUAAAGAUCUUCACCAAAAUAACUAUUGGUAACUUCAGGAAUUUGUCGGUUGCCUUACGUGAGGAUGAAUAGAUCCACCAAGCACGCCUAUAAUACAAAGUAAACUAUGAUUUUUAUUGUGAAAUUUUCAUAGAUGGAAAAUUGAAUAUUUAUUCUGUCCAUUUCAUUUUACAGUUAUCUUACCACUUAUUUUUGUACCAUGUAUUUCAAUUGCCUGUUUAGUGAAAAAUAAAAAUUAAAAAACCUAUUAA